AUGCCACCUGAUGUGUCACCGCUGGGAUUGGGUGCACAGCGGGAGCUUUCUGCCCGCCAGUGCAGGGGGUUGCUGGCCAAUGCCACGCUCGGCAACUUGCAGGACCUCAUGACAGAUUGCAAGCGCCACCAGGGCGGACUGGACUUCUGGCGGCACAUCCGCACCGCUUCCUUGGAAGCACCCUGCUGUGGUGUGGCGGCCCACAAGCAGGCAUCCAUUCUCCUUUAUUUUGCUGAAGCGAUGCGCGAAGAUGGAAGCGAGGACGAGCGCGUAGUGUGCUUCCACCGCCUCAAAUGCCCUGAUGUGGCAGAAAUUCAGAUGAUGCUUUCCACAAGUACAGAACCAGUGAUGAAAGCCGAAGCUGAAGGUGCUGCACAGGUCCAGCUGCAUGAAGCCCCCAUGGAGGAUGCAAUCCAUCUAGAUAGAACCUGCCGGGCCUUCGUGAACUUCGCCAAUGCCGAAUUUGGGUAUGGGUGCUUCAUCUCAUCGGCGACCCAGGAAGAAAUUCUGCAGAUGUGCUGUCCAGAGUUCAAUGUGGGUCUUCUCUUUCUGGGACGGAUGGCUGACAGCGAGGUCGUCAACGUGUAUGGCUGCCGCCGUUAUACUACCUACUCUGGCUAUUUGGACACAUAUCGCUGCACGGGUUUGCUGCAAGCGAGCAGCCACCAGGAAACGCCUGUAAUCCACGACAUUUUGACCAUAGACGCUUGCAUGCACCGGCACUUCGAAGAGCAGGAGCAGCUGCGUGACAUAAGGAAGGCCUUCACCGCCUUCCAUGCCUACUCUACAUUGCGUGGUCGAGAUGCUGAUGGCCAGGUGCCGGCUAUAGCUACUGGCCGUUGGGGCUGCGGCGCUUUCGGCGGACUGCCAGCACACAAAUUCGUGCAGCAAGUGCUGGCUGGACGCCUUGCAGACGUCCGACUCUGUUUCUCCACUUUCGGGGAGCCUGCAGGCUGUGACAAGAUGCUUGACCUUCUGCGGCAGGAACCUCGAGUCAGUCUGAUGCGCACCUGGGAUGUACUGCGCCGGCAAAAGCGAGGAGGUUUUGAAGACACCUUUUGUGCAGGGCUGGCUGAAGGAUCAUUACGAGCAGGCGCAGGUAGCGCAAUCCCAGAAGAAGUUGAUCUGGAUGUGUAG